AUGACCGAACCGGACCCCUCCCUUCUCGGCUGUUCGAACAAGACCCUCCUGGAAAUCGCAAAGUACCUGCAGGACGAGCCCACCGCCUUGAGGAAUCUCCGCCAGUCCUGUAAGAGGUCGCACGAGGUUGGCGACAGCGCCCUCUUUGAAGAUGUUCAUUUAGACCGUGUCCCGCCAUCAGGCAAGAUGGACACAGAGAAAGGGAUGCUUGCGGAAGCAGAGGAGGCUAAGGAGAGAGAUGCAGUCAAGAAGAGGGCCGAGGCAAGGGAGUGGCAGGAGAUUGUGGAAGUGAACAAUGUUGAAGGGGACAAGGAGAUCGAGUUGUAA